UUCAUCUUCCUGAGGCGGAGAGACACGUGUUCUGUCCGCGUAUUUUAACUAUUAAGAUUACUAUCAGACAUUGGCGCACAUGGCCUGCAUCCACGAGAACCCCCGGGGCCUCAUAAUAACCGCGUCUCCUUCUUCCUAUGUGCAAGUACCGAAAUUCCUAUUACAUCCCGUUCCACAAUGGUCUGCCGUGUUGCCGCACCUGUCUUUCGUUCCAGCCGCCUUUUCCCUCCAGCUACCUUGAGCUUCUCCGCCGUUUUCGCUCCAGCUGUCUUGAACUUGUCCAUCGUUGCCGUCGGUGCCGUCGUUGCAGUCGUCUCCCAGCUACUACUAGGAGUACUAUCAGAUACUACUCUCUAAUCUUGUCCAUCGUUGCCGUCGUUUCCAUCGUUCCAGUCACCUUGAGCUUCUCCGCCAUGCGGCAGUCCUUGUCGAACCUCCCGUGUACGGCCCCUAGUUUCUUCUAGUAUUCCUCAUCCUUGCUGCUAUUCUUGAUUUUGCUCUUGUCUAUACAAUCAAUACAGAGACCGUCAAAGUAGCCCCUUAGGAGACCGCAGACUUGACCUCCAGGCUCCAGUCUGCUUU